GUUUGUCUUCAUCCCGACGCGUCGGCACGACAACAUGAAAGUUUCUCUUGUUCUACUCGUGCUUGGCAGCCUAGCGUUUGCAGCUCACGGUCUUGCGGUGUCCGACUUAUUUUACGAAGAAAACGGAGACAUCGCGGUACUCUCGAAACGAGCCGCAGCUGGAACUCCAUUUCAGAAAAGAUAUUCCACUGGUUGCAGUGUCACAUUGAGUGGCAGCCAAACAUGCGACAUGAACAAAUGUCCUGACGAACUCUACUAUUGCAAACUCGUCGGGGGAAGAGAUCAAUGUUGUACACAGACGGGAAAAGUCGUCUCUCUAUUUGGCGGACUUCUGCGACGCAACAUGUGCCAAGAAGACUGCCGGAACCCACUGACACGAACUCAACCCCAGGCACCAGCUCCAAACGAAAAUAACGGCGCGGAAACUCAAGGAGAGACAAAAACUGACGCUCCGAUCAAAGCCGAAACCAAAGCGCCAACUAGAGCUGCAACUAGAGCUCCAACUGAAGCUAAAACUGAAGCUCCAACGAAGAAAUCGACGAAAGCUCCUACCAAAAAGCCAACAGGAACUCCAUUUCAGAAAAGAUAUCCCACUGGUUGCAGUGUCACAUUGAGUGCCAGCCAAACAUGCGACAUGAACAAAUGUCCUGACGAACUCUACUAUUGUAAACUCGUCGAGGGAAGAGAUCAAUGUUGUACACAGACAGGAAAAGUCGUCUCUCUAUUUGGCGGACUUCUGCGACGCAACAUGUGCCAAGAAGACUGCCGGAACCCACUGGCACCAAACGAAAAUGACGACGCGGAACCUCAAGGAGAGACAAAAACUGACGCUCCGACCAAAGCGCCAACUAGAGCUGCAACUAAAGCUCCAACUGUAGCUAAAACUGCGGAACCUCAAGGAGAGACAAAAACUGACGCUCCAACCAAAGCCGAAACUAAAGCACCAACUAAGGCUCCAACUGAAGCUAAAACUGAAGCUCCAACUAAGAAAUCGACAAAAGCUUCUACCAAAAAGCCAACAGCCAAACCAGCAAGUUCUGUUUGCAAAGUCAGUGUUCCUUCUACGCAGCAGUGCCCGAGCGAUAAAGUCCGUCUCUGUCCGUCUUCGACGUGUAAAGUAAAGGGAGGAGAAGUGAGAUGUUGUAAUCCGAUUCUAAUCAAUGCUAGACCUGCUUCGCAAGGUGGAUCUCAAUCGAGAUGUUCGGAGACUUGUGAUUAUCCGAGUGUUGGAAGAGUUUUCGCACAAGCCGUUGGGGCUCCAAAAAAGCCUGCAUGUUUCGAUCAAAAUUACUCGUCUAUCUGCCUUCGCUACAAACGUUAUUGCUUUGUUCCUAACAUCUACCGAUAUUGCAGGGAGACUUGCGGACGCUGCUAACAGAAUUGCCUUCGACAAAGAUGAAUGUAGUGUAGAUGAAUUAGUUUGGUUGAGAAAUACUGCACCGCGCAAUAUGCAGUCAAAAUAGCAUAUCUAGUUAUCUAACAGAUUCAUGUAUUUAUACGACAAUCGUGCGUUUACUACGCGAGUAUUCUUGCUAUUGUAGUAAUUAAUUAAUUAAUUAAUAAUAAUAAAUCAUUUCCUUGCUACUGAUUCA